AGUUAUUUACAUUACUUUCGUUCAAAAUUAACUUGACAAACAAUUGCCUUUCAAUCAGUUUUAUUCAAACAAAAUGAUGGUUGUUUAUACAUAAGAGUUAGGAUCGGCGGAGGAGAUUGCAUGAAAGAGAGUUCAGCAAUAAUACAAGCAAUGCCAUAAUUAGAGUGCCAUAAUUUGGCGGCCAUCAACGCGUUGGUUGGUGUGCGUGAGAGGGCAACGGAUGAAAGGUGAUCGCCCGAACAGCGGGAACCUUCUUCUUCCACGAACGGCAACGGCAGCGAUCGGACGCGCGCAAUCCGUCUAGGUUUAAGUUAGUCGUUAAAAUAAAUUUAUGUGAAGAAAAAUACCGCAACGUCCAGCCCUAGAUUGAUCAUAUGGUGCCGUGACCAGGAUUGAAAACCUUUUUCGAAAAGCGCUAAGUGAAAAGAUUUAUUCGUUGAGCAUUUUUUUUGUUUCGUUUUGUGAUUUAGUGCGUACCGUGCAAAGGAACUAUCGUUAAUACGUGUUUGAGUGUACGAACUUUGGCGGCCAGUAAAUGUGAAAUUUCAACCUGCAAAGGGACAAUCGUGCCGUUUAUUACUCGUCAUUGAUUGCGUGUCCGCGUCUCCGUCGUAUUCAGUCCGUUGCCAACAAGACAGACUAACUACCGCCUUCUUCGGCGUCUUGCCACGGCCAUCGUAAAAGCUAUAAGAAGCGUUCUACCGCAGCCAUCGCGUUUUUGGAUACAAUUCAGCGAUUCACCGCAGUCGCGUAAAAAAAGCUGUGAGGCGUCUUGCCUUUAUUAUAAUAUAAGAUUUCGUUCGUCUUUGAAUCGUGUAACGUCUUGUUACAAAGAACACUAAAGUUAAGUUACUGUCCAAUCCGUUGAACAUUAAUGUGAGAAAACGUCAGCUUAUCUUCCGUGUCGCAACCGGUUGUUUUCGCGCGUGUGAUAUCCGUCUUCGUAAUCGUGUGUUUCCCGCCAGUCGCAGUUUGGAACAGCCAUCCGUCAUCAUCUGUGUGUGUUUCCCUGCCAUCGUCAUUGCAACUGUUUUCCCGAAUCCUGCCAUCUCAACAGGUCAAGUAUAAAGAUGACCGAAAUUGCGAGCCUAAGACAACGGUUGAAUUCUUUAUUCACGAAGCUGAAACGAAAUGAGGUUUUCAUAGCGAACUUCCAGCCUGAACAACACAAGCAUCUCGUGCCUGUCAGGCUCCAAACGAUUGAAGGUAUGGAAAAGGAGUUUGAAACGGCUCAUACGCAAUUGUGUUUGUUAGCGCCCAGUGAAGCUGAGAAGCUAGAAGAAGAGGAGUUGAUGGAUAAUUUUGAGGAAAGGUUCAUAGCUAUGAAAAGCGCCAUGCUAUCGCACAUGCCUACUCAAACAGCUCAAGCCGUUAGCUCUGAGCUUGGCUCAAGCCACGCUCAAAACCCAAGCCACUCUCCCAUUCAAAACCACGUUAAAUUACCAGCCAUCUCUUUGCCCGAAUUUAACGGUGAUAUAAUGCACUGGAUGGCAUUUCAUGAUACCUUUGAAGCAUUAGUUCAUAACAAUGCAAGCGUUUUGGAUAUUCAAAAAUUCCAUUAUUUGAGAGCUUCAUUAACUGGUGAGGCCGCUAGAUUGAUAGAGUCGAUCCCAUUGUGCGCAUCGAAUUACUCCAUCGCAUGGCAGGAGCUCAAGGAGCGAUUCUCAAAUGAAUACCUUCUGCAAAAGAUGCACUUUAAGCAAAUGUUCGGCAUCCCACAAUUACGAAAAGAAUCGUCAGCUGACUUGCAUAGAUUGGUAGAUGAAUUUAAUCGGCAUGUAAAAAUGAUUCAAAAGCUAGGAGAGCCAACCGACCAAUGGAGCUCAAUGUUAGAAUAUGUUUUGUGCUCCAAACUACCAGCGGAAACUCUUACACAUUGGGAAGACAAGGCAGCUAGCAUGAAAAAGCCAACAUAUGAGGCGUUAAUAGAAUUUCUGCAGAGAAGAAUGAAAACAUUAGACUCUGUUUAUAUGAGUAAAUCUGCGGAUGUAAGCUCUACAUCGGUGCCUGCCGUAAGGCCUUCUUCGCAUCUUUCGUACUAUUCGUACACCGCAAAUAAUACCAAACGAUGUCCUUGCUGUCGACUAGAUCACUUAUUAUGGUACUGUAACCAAUUUAUGCGACUUCCGCAAUCUGAGCGCCUUCAGAUAGUGCGAGCGAAGAGUCUCUGCAUUAAUUGUUUAAGAGUCGACCACAGCAUGAAAGAUUGUCCUUCGACCAAUCGGUGCAAACAUUGCAACCAGCAACAUCAUUCUUUAUUGCACUCCUUUGAUUUUGUACGCCGGCAGCACACCCACGACCGAACACUACAUACUAGCCCUCAGGUAGCUCCUAGCGCUUCAUUUAACAGCACAGCAGCAUUGGAAAACGAAAACCGAGCAGCGGACCAACGAGAGAUUGGACAUUGACGUUAAAGGUGCUGGUUGUGCUACGACGAGGGUGCGGGAGUCCGUGUAUGCUGAAAUUCGAUCUCGCACCAGCCAAUUUUCUUGUGGAGUAAAUUUCCUGCUAAUGGAUGAAGUAGCUGCAAAACUUCCUUCCCACCACAUUAAUAUAAGCCGCUGGAACAUUCCGCCUGGACUAUCCCUGGCGGACCCUCAUUUUAAUCAGGCCGAAUCAAUAGAUAUGAUAAUCGGAGCAGAGCAUUUUUACACCUUUUUUCCAACUGCAGAGCGUAUUUAUCUGGCAGAUAAAUUACCAAUACUGAUCAACAGCGUGUUUGGGUGGCUUGUAGUCGGUCCAGCCAGCGAGGAGGUCGUUAAUCCUCACUCAAACCCAACACGAGUAUCAAUGGUUUCUUUAGAAGAAAAAAUAGAGCAGUUUUGGAAGGCAGAGGAGCUACAUGCAUGCGAACCAUAUUCAGUAGAAGAAAAGCAUUGCGAAGAGCUGUAUAGAUCGAAGACUGGAAGAAAUAGUGACGGACGAUACGUGGUGCAGAUGCCUAAACAUCCAGAGUUCUCGGUACGCUUGGGCGAGUCAAAAGGCCAGGCGUUGCGCCGAUUCUACUCAUUAGAAAAGCGCCUAUCCCGAAAUUCGCAAUUGAAGAAGGAGUAUCAUGCCUUCAUGCAAGAAUAUAUAGAUCUCGGACACAUGCAGCCUGUUAAUGAAAAUGCGUCAAGCCCAACGAAAACCUUUUAUCUGCCUCAUCACCCAGUCAUAAAGGAGAGCAGUUCCACUACUAAGGUGAGAGUAGUCUUUGACGGCUCCGCGAAAACAUCUACAGGCUACUCCCUCAACGAAGCACUAUGUGUGGGACCUAUAGUGCAAGAUGAGCUGUUGGACAUUAUUUUGCGUUUUCGCACCUAUUUUGUGGCCUUAGUCGGAGAUAUCGAAAAAAUGUACCGUCAAAUCCUCUUGCAUGAAGAUGACCGCGCAUUAGUGAGAAUAUUGUUUCGAUUCUCAUCAACAUCACCAGUAAAAGAGUAUGAACUGAAUACUGUCACAUACGGUUUGGCUCCUUCCUCUUUCCUAGCUACGCGCACCUUGCUUCAAUUAGUGCAGGACGAAGGAAGCAAUUACCCUCUUGCUAGUCGUGCGAUUCGCAAUUUCUACGUAGAUGACUUCAUUGGCGGGGCAUCAUCUGUUGAGGAAGCUAUACAGCUCCGAUCGGAGCUAACUGGAAUGAUGCUAAAGGGCGGCUUUCCAUUACGAAAGUGGACCUCAAAUCGUUUGGAGGUUUUGCAAGAGCUCGAUGCUUCUCAAAUCGGAACCAAAUCAUCACUGCAGUUUGAUACCGACGAAACUAUAAAAGCCCUAGGUGUCUGCUGGGAACCUGAGCGCGAUAAUUUAUGCUUUGCAUCAAGCAUCAAGCCACUGCAGUUACCCUCUACUAAACGGAGCAUUUGUUCGGAGAUAGCUCGAUUAUUUGACCCGUUGGGUCUUAUCGCUCCUGUCGUAGUGCGAGCAAAAAUAAUGAUGCAGCAGCUUUGGGCGCUAUCGAUUGGCUGGGAUGAGACUGUACCAGAGUCAUUUGGGCUGAAAUGGAAAGAUUUUUAUGAGAAGUUGGAGAUUCUGACUUGCUAUAGAAUCGAACGAUACUGUUUCGCCUUACGAUCGAAUGUGCAACUGCACAUAUUUACUGAUGCUUCAGAGUCGGCAUAUGGCUCAUGCGUUUAUGCAAGGUGCGAGGAUGCCGAGGGGAAUAUUAAAAUAUCUUUGCUUGCAUCGAAAUCUAGAGUAGCUCCAUUGAAGCGUAUAAGCCUGCCUCGUUUAGAACUCUGCGGUGCCGUAUUAGGGGCUCAUCUGUACGAGCACAUUGCCAAAGCCAUUCAGCUUCCUGUGCAGUCGGUACAUUUCUGGUCCGAUUCCAGUAUUACACUACAUUGGAUCAAAGCAGCUCCAAAUACCUGGAAAACAUAUGUGGCAAAUAGAGUAGCAGACAUUCAACAAUGUACGAAGGGCCACACAUGGAGGCAUGUACCUGGACAGCAGAACCCGGCUGAUCUCGUUUCGCGGGGCAUGACGGCACCCGAUUUUAUAAAAAGCAGCAUUUGGAUCUCUGGGCCAGCUUGGCUGGCGCUACCUUCUAAUGAAUGGCCUACAUCUGAACCUCUACUACCGACCGGUAUCGAAAAGGAAACGCGUUUGCUAGUUGCUGUUGCCAGCGCAUCGCCUGCAGUUAACCCUUGGUUCAAAAGGUGGUCAUCAUACUCCCAAUUACUGCACAUUAUUGCAUACUGCAAGCGAUUUAUAAAGAAUCUAAGGCUUAAGGCUAGAACGAAGCCUGCUGGUGACCCGGUAUCCAUCGUAUUGACACCAGAGCAGAAUGAGGAGGCAAAGGCAUUUCUGGUCAAGACUGCUCAAGACGAUGCCUUCCGAAACGAAAUUUCAGCCCUUCGGAACGGCCAACCUAUAAAGAAAAACUCGCCGAUUAGGAAUCUCAACCCGUUUUUGGACAACCAAGGUGUGCUUAGAGUCGGAGGAAGGUUAAACUUAGCUGAUUUGCCGUUCCAGUCAAAGCAUCCUGCUCUCCUUCCAAAGGGGCAUCCGUUUACACGCAACAUAGUGGUUCACUAUCACUGGAAACUACUUCAUGCUGGAGGGCGAAAUCUCAUCAGCAACAUAAGAGAGGAGUUUUGGCCUUUGGAUGCUCGACGAUUAGUUAGAAGCAUAACGCGGGAAUGUUUCCGGUGUUUUCGGUCGGAUCCUUUUAUCGCAUGCCAGCGAAUUGGACAGCUACCCGCAUCCAGAGUGACACCUAGCCGACCUUUCAGCAACGUGGGAAUCGACUACGCCGGCCCAUUUUAUUUAAAACCGGUACACAGAAGAGCGGCCGCCUGCAAGGCUUAUCUCUGCCUUUUUGUGUGUUUCGCUACAAAGGCGGUACAUCUCGAGCUGGUAUGUGACUUGUCUACAUCAGCCUUUUUAGCAGCGCUACGAAGAUUCAUUGCUCGCCGUGGUAAGCCGUGUCACAUUCACUCGGAUAACGGAAAAAACUUCGAAGGAGCUAGUAACGAAAUAACAGAAUUGGCAUCGCUCAUCGCUAGAAAGGAAGAAGAACAGCAAGUAAAUGAGUUCUGCACGUCCCAAGGCAUAUCAUGGCACUUUAAUCCCCCAAGGGCUCCUCAUUUCGGCGGACUGUGGGAAUCUGCGGUGAAGGUAGCAAAAAGACAUCUGUAUCGUAUCCUCGGUGCAUCUCGUUUGUCAUUUGAAGAUCUUUAUACGAUACUAACACAAAUCGAAGCGGUCAUGAAUUCGCGACCGUUGCUUCCUCUUUCAGAAAAUCCUGAUGAACUGGCGGCGCUAACUCCGGGCCACUUUCUGAUCGGCACCUCCAUGCAAGCACUUCCCGAACCCAACUUGUGUGACGUUCCCUUAAACCGGUUGGAGCACUAUUGGAAGCUACAAGCCUACGUGCAGCGUUUCUGGGUCCACUGGAAAGGCGAAUAUUUGCAGGAGCUGCAAAAGGACACGGUGGGACAUGAACAGAAUCCUCAGUUCACGAUAGGCAGGAUGGUCAUUCUCAUCGAUGAGCUGUUACCCGCAACCCGAUGGCCUUUGGCACGUAUUGUUGAGACGCAUGCUGGAAGGGACGGAAUAACGAGAGUAGUAUCUGUGCGCACCAGUAAGGGUAUAUACAAACGUCCCAUAACAAAAAUAUGCCUGUUACCGAUACCAUCGUCAAUAGACAACGCAGCUUCAGAGGAGGUUGAUUUGAGCAAAGAGAAAUUGAUAGGAGAAUAGUUUGAUAGCGCUGAAUGCACAUGCAGCAGUCUGUAUUUUUGGUUGCACCGUUCUGACGGGAGUUUGUUGUGUUGUGCUUGUUCCGGUAGCAAUCGAUUUGUUGAUAUGCCAUAUCAAGGGGGGGGAGGAUGUUUAUACAUAAGAGUUAGGAUCGGCGGAGGAGAUUGCAUGAAAGAGAGUUCAGCAAUAAUACAAGCAAUGCCAUAAUUAGAGUGCCAUAAUUUGGCGGCCAUCAACGCGUUGGUUGGUGUGCGUGAGAGGGCAACGGAUGAAAGGUGAUCGCCCGAACAGCGGGAACCUUCUUCUUCCACGAACGGCAACGGCAGCGAUCGGACGCGCGCAAUCCGUCUAGGUUUAAGUUAGUCGUUAAAAUAAAUUUAUGUGAAGAAAAAUACCGCAACGUCCAGCCCUAGAUUGAUCAAUGGUAUUUAUGACUCUCUCCCUCUUCUAACAUGCAACGCUUUCAGUGGUGUAGUUUUGAUAAGUAAUCAUCAUACCAUUACUCUUAAAAAACAACAAUAAAUGCCAUAAUUGCUUUGGAAUCGUUUCCAGCAUAGUUACACAACUUUCAUCGUUACUUUCUUAAAAUAGCAAACAGAGCGAGAGGGGAUGAAACUUUUUCCACAUUGCUCGAUUGAACCAAUUGCUCUGUUCAAGCGCUCGAGGGCACCAUUUAAACUUCUCGUGCGAAAGUUUCACCCAGACGGAAGUGGGAAAGUGUUUUCUUAUCAUUUAAUUACAUUUGUUACGGAGUGCGCUUUACUUACCAUCUAAGGAGUAACAAACGAUCAUUAUAGAGUGCCGUGCGAUGGUGCGCUUUAUGGGAUAUAGACAAAGCCAACGUUUCGUCGCACGAUGCACACGCGAUGCAGGUUAGGGCCGAUGUAUCAAAACGGGUAACAAUUCAUCAUAAAUCAUGCAGAACCGGAAUGUACACGUAACGCAUGGCCGUGAGUGCGAAGGUCAUACGUGGCGCCUGGAGGGGGAAAACAUAUCUUCGCCUAGAUAAGACUUCUCGACCAGCACAGACUCAGUGACACAUAGCUGGUUAAGCUUAAUGGUCACUCUACCCGCCACUCCAGAGCAGUGAAGCCAAAGCCGAGCAAAGAUCAAAUACAAGUCAACCGGGAAACGCGAUACCUCAUCUUCAUUGUGUCUUGUAUCCUGUCUCCGAGCACAAAAGGGGAACAGCUGACAAUGGGUGAAGUGAUGACGGCGUCCGCCCGUAAGGACACUUACUCACUGCUCACACUUCACCGACCGUGUAAGAGGAAACAUCCGUUCUGAAGAGCAGCGAACAAAGGGCGUUAGCAAAAGCACAAUGAGCCAGAAGCAUGCGGCGAUGUGUAGCAUGCGAUCAUAAGGCCUAAGAAGUUUCGGUUGAACAUUUUGCAUAAGAUUUAUUGCCAGUGAAAAGACGAAGCUUCAAGUGCCCCAACACACUCGAAACGCUCACUCCCGCAAAACGUACUUCCUGAAGCUGAAGUGAACUACUUCGAAUCGACAGGCGACGAGCUUUUCGGAUGAAUACAGAAACAUAACUCUCGGUGGCGGUAUAAUGUUAAGGGAUUGAUAAAUUGUUACGAUGACGAUGACUUUAUUUUAGCACAGACACAAUACACGCACACACUGUAAGUUGUUUGGCUUUUUGUUUUUUU